UAGUGUAUUUAUGUUAGAAUUUGUAUAAUAAUAAACAAGUAGAGAGAUUGUAUCGUCAUCUUGGGCUAUUGGUAUUCUAAUGAAUGCAUAACUGUUUUACUAAUUGAAACAUGUAAUGUUUUUGUAUAAAGAAACAGACGGAGACUCAAUUUAGUGAUGAGCCAAAAGUGCAUUAUAAAUCAUCAACAUACGCCUAAACAGAAAAAAGCAAAGGAAACAAGAGAAGCAUGGGUACUUUCUGUCUCUCUUUCUGUUUGUUUUUGUGUGAGUGUGAGUGUGUGAGUGUGUGUGAGAGUAUAUAGGGAUAAAGUGUUUUCCUAAAAGAAAAGAAAAGAAAAAGAGCGUAUAAAUGUCAUUUUUUUUUCUAUGAAUUGUUUCUGUACACAAUCAUGUGAAAAUGAUGCGGGCCACAAUUGCCCCGAGAAUCAACUAUAAAAGUAGCAUAAGCUUCCUUCUUAUUCUUCUUUCUUCUCGAACAUGCCUCCUUACGAUAUUGUUGAUACGUGGCGAACUGUUAUCUCCCCACAAAGACUUGCUCUUUAUACACUAUUCCCCAUCUUUUGUUUACUCAUUCUAGCCAUCACACCACCACAAUUUAUGGGUACAAGGCUGAAGCAAGUCAUCUCUUUUCCAUUGAUGGCUAGUUUGUUGAUAAACCCAUUCAGCUAUAGAGAUGAAAUAAACAGCCCUUUUUGUCUUUUCUGUCAAAUGAUCCCUGUGACCAUGUUCCAGCGAUUUAGUGACAUCUUUUGGAUUCAACCUUGGCUUUACAAGAAGGAAUCGUACGUGUCUAUUGCUGAACUCAACCAUGAGAUAUGGUCGAGUGUUAGAAAGGCACCAAAAAAAGAUGCUAAACAGCCUAUCAAGGAUAAGAAAUUCUAUCAUCUUUUUCCUUCCAUGUUGUUGAAUGCAAUUGGUUUUGAUAUGGCGAUUGCUUGGGUAAAAACAUUUACAGCUAAAGAUGUGUAUGAAAUGGAAGCCAAUCCCUCUAUUAAAUACUUUAUGUUCUUUUGUGCUGGCAUCAUGUUAAUGACAACCUUGUUUAAUCUGGUGGGCAAUAUGAUGCAAUUAUGUUAUAGUGUCUUUGUUGAUAAUGGUGAUUAUGCUCCAGAGGAAUGGCGAAAUAUCAUGGAAUACCCUUUGGCUGGUACAUCUUUAGAAGACAUUUGGUCUCAUCGCUGGCAUAAAGUAUUGCGUCCUGCAUGGGUGGCAUGCGCAUUUAAGCCUGUGUUCUUUAUGGUACGCAAAUCAACUAACAAUAGCCCUCAAGGUAAACAGUUAGCCAUUGCUUUGGCUUCGUUAUCUGUCUUCUUGGCCUCAGGUAUUGCACAUGAAUAUGUUGCAUUGUGUAACACAGGCUGGUCGAUUUAUAAAGAGCACUUUAUGGGUCAAGAAAUGCUUUUCUUUGGACUUCAAGGUAUCUUGGUCAUUAUCGAAAAAGCAUUAGGCAUGUGGCUCAAGACUGUAUUGCCUGCUUCUUUUAUUCGUUCCCCCUUGGUUCUUAUGGCAAGAAAUGCCUAUGUGCUCAGUGUGGGUCUAGCUACAUUUCCUUAUUUUAUCAAUAGUUUUGCAGACUGGGGAUUCUGGAAAUUUGAUAAUUUGACACCCAUUGAACCUUUACUUAGACAAUACUUGAUUCAAACACCUUAUUUACGUCCAUUCUGUGGAUCUCUUACUUAGGUUAUAUAUAAAAUAUCUAUCUUUUGGCAU